AUGGUUUCUAGGCUAGUUAAUGAGAAUCCAAUCGUUUACGAGAGAAACGAGCGUCGUGUUUGUACUGAUAAGCUUUCUCUAGAACCAAUCGACACUCUCAAGAUUUUUGAUAUCCUUUCUAUUUUUCACGUACGCUGUUUCAUCAAAUAUAUCAGAGAUCCAGAGCUUCCUUCUUCUUUGGAACACCUCAAAGUACUUACAAAAGACUCAGUUAAAGUGGAUGAUGACAACAGUCAUGUUAGGGUUACAUUCACUCCAACUAUGAAAAUUUGUGGCAUGACGUCCUUAAUCGGUCUUUGUCUCCGGGUAAAACUUAUACGAAGCCUUCCUGCUCGAUACAAAGUUGAUAUAAGAGUAGCACCCGGUACUCAUGCAACAGAGGCAGCAGCAACUUGGGUCUCAGGAUCAACUUAA